GAAAGGUCGGCUGGGGGGCGUGCUCUGAGAAGUUGUAAAUAAAGCAACAUUUCGACUUUGUCCCGAGGAGACGGGGGUUAGGCUUGUUAUAACUAGCAAAUUAUACAUGUUUAAGGAAGGACGCCAAGCAGUUAAAGCUAGUAGGACACGAUGAAGCUGUUGGUAAAGACAGCCCAGACUUUGCUGUCGGUACAGAAGGCGUCUCCACCCAGCGGCUGCAGGCCUUUCUGGGGCUGGCUGAACGCAGUGUUCAACAAGGUGGAUUACGAGCGUAUCAAAGCGGUGGGUCCCGACCGGGCUGCCUCGGAGUGGCUUCUGCGCUGCGGGGCGAAGGUCCGAUUCCAGGGCUUCGACAGGUGGCAGCACGAUUACAACGGCCUCCCCCCCGGCCCGAUCGGCAGGUACAAGAUCCAGGCCAUCGACGCCACCGAGUCCUGCAUCAUGUACAGGGGCUUCGACCACCUGGACGGCCUGGAGCACGUUGAAGAGAUGAAGUUGUGCAAGUGCAUCUACAUCGAGGACGCGUGCCUGGAGAGACUGAGCAAGGUGGAGAAGCUGCAGGAGAGCCUGCUGAGAAUGGAGCUGGUGUCCUGUGGCAAUGUGACUGACCGUGGGCUGCUCGCCCUGCACCACCUCAGGAACCUGGAGAGGCUGCUUCUCAGCGACCUGCCGGGAGUACGGGAGAAAGACAAGACGGUUCAAAUGCUGCGCACCGCACUGCCAAACCUGAACAUUGAGCUGGACCUGGACUAGCACAGGACAGCAGCAUGGGAUGGACUGGGCAGGGCUUGACUGGACAGCCUGGCACUGGGACAGAACACAGUCAAGAGCUACAAAAGUGAUUGAUAGCAAGCAGGCCACUGGUGCCACACAAUAGCAUGUGGCAAGCUGGUGCCCUGCAUCUUACUUAUCUACCUUUUUGAGGAAUGUGAAUAAAGGUGUACUUUGUGGUGCAGUGGAUGUGAGUGACUGCUAAAGAAUACAGUGAGUAGAGCCCAGGGAAUUUAGUUUUAUUUUCAUAGAACUUGAACACUGCAGCUUUUAAUCCUAUGCUUCUGGCACUUUUUUUUUUCUUUUCUUGGAGAUUCAGUAAGGGGCUGGGUGGAUGAGACUAGCUCGUUGUGUUUCAUUGGGGCUGGGUGGAUGAGACUAGCUCGUUGUGUUUCAUUGGGGCUGGGUGGAUGAGACUAGCUCGUUGCGUUUCAUUGGGGCUGGGUGGAGGAGGCUAGCUCGUUGUGUUUCAUUGGGGCUGGGUGGAGGAGACUAGCUCGUUGUGUUUCAUUGGGGCUGGGUGGAUGAGACUAGCUCGUUGCGUUUCAUUGGGGCUGGGUGUAUGAGACUAGCUCGUUGCGUUUCAUUGGGGCUGGGUGGAGGAAGCUAGCUCGUUGUGUUUCAUUGGGGCUGGGUGGAUGAGACUAGCUCGUUGUGUUUCAUUGGGGCUGGGUGGAUGAGACUAGCUCAAUGAGACGACAUUCAUUUCAAUGUUGAGUUGUGAUUUUGUGUUUCCUGUAAGUGAUAGACAUGCAGGGUCUCCAAGUGUUGAGGAAACAGCUGUGAAUGUGUUUUGCAGGAUCUCGUUUGCUGCAGAGAUUAGAAUAAUGCAUCUUUACGCUAAUGCGUGUUUUGCUUUGACAGAUGUCUGCUAUUUUAUUUUAUUUAUUUAUUUUUGCUUUGUGCAAGAAAUAUGAAUGUAAAAGUGAUCCUUGAAUGCCUAGAAACAGCCAUGCUGACAACCGAACUGUGUUUGUGUGAAUGGGGUACCUCAUUAAAUAAAUCAAAUCAAACAAGCUGUUUCAACACAAAUUUAAUAAAGCACUUUACAAGCGG